CAGUCACAAUAAAGAAAUUCGUAUUAUAAUAUAUAAACAGUAGUUACAUGGACACAGUUUGAUAACGCCUAGAUUGUGUUCACAGUGCCCUAUUUUUCCGUAAGAUCGUCGAGAUCGACCGCUUGACUUUGCGUUUCUUGGAUGAGUGUCAAAUCUACUAAAGGGGCAGGGGACGGUUUUUUUCUCGCCUCCCUUCCCCCACCACUGUAAACCCCGACGCCUCUUCGGUACAUGUGAAAUCAAGAUGGCCGCCCGUACCGGAAAUCGCUCGAUCCUGACGAUGUUACUAAAAAAAUAGGGGACUAUGAACUGAAUUCGCCUUGAUAGCCGUAUGUUGACAAAAAGAAUUUUUCGAGAGACCCAAAUGCAAUUUUAUUUCCCGACCUAAACGAAAGCUGGUUGAGAAUAACGAUGAUAAUCAUCAUCAUCAUCAUCAUCAUCAUCGUCAUCAAAGGGCCAAUAUAGUUACAGGCAGUUCGGGCUUAAUGUGUGCCAAUAACUGAUCGCGGAGCCUACAUUCCUGUAGAAACUGGAAACCUGUCGAUGACGGAAAAUUUGUUACACCCGUCUGAAAGUCCCCACGUCCGUCCUACAGACUGUAGGGGUAGGGCAGGAGAGACUCUGCAAGGGAAGGGACGGGGGAAUCCAAUAGAUGCAGCUAUUGACGUUCCACCUGCUUUUGUGCUAUUUUGCCAAAACUGACUUAUUUGAUGAAGGACCGGGACUCCUUGAACACACAGCUAGAAAAUCUACUUACCUUCAAUAUCCAGUAAAGCCAAAAUCUCCAAGUGCCACAAAGUCAAAGAAGCGUUUGAGAAUUGCUUAGUAGAAUGGAACGCGUGACCAAACGUUUAAGAGAUUAGUAUCAGAUGAAGCGCGUUAACUGGGCCAAAAUAUCCUUACCUACUCCUCAAAAUGGCGUCGAAAACCGGGACAAGGUCAAUUGCCAGUCAAGAAUUUUGUAGUGUGCCGCGGUUUCUUUUUUUAUAAAUUUGUGCCCUGAAUACCGCUUGAAUGAAGUAUGAUGCGUCUGUUGACAUGGACUUUCUCUACCCUUACCGAAUUAAGAAAUGGUAAACGUGCAGCACAAACCAUGGAGUUAUGGAUGCACGCGGGAGGCUGCUAUGCACGAAAGAAGCGUAAGAGUCGCCGAGUGCGACUCUAGCUUCUUGAGUGCUUAGCAAACCUCCCAAGUGCAUCCAUAACUCCAUGUUGCACAGCUGUAACGUUUACCAUUUCUUUUAUAACAUAAUCAAAAGAGAAAAACAUUAUUUUCCAUUUGCCUUCGGUUGAGUCAUCGGUACGAGUUCAUGUAUGCUGCCAUCUGCACGCGCGUAAACAAAUCAUGUUCUAUGUUUUUCAAAACGCUUGCCUUUGAGUUUUUCUUUCGCUGAAUCAACUGUUCUCCGUCUUCAGAUAAAUUGCAAAACGUUUUUCGUUGUUAUUCUGAAUGGCAUCUGUCUACUUGCUCUUAAUAUUAGGGUAAAAACUUUAAGGGAAAACUAUAUAUAGCUGCAACUAUAAACACCAACUAAAAAGACCAAAAAAAAAAACUAAAACUAAAUAAACGAAAUAAUUAUCCAGCUUAUUUAUGUGACAAUUUUUGAAAUAAACGUAAAGUAGAAAUGAAAAAAUUGGACUGUAAUUCCUUUAGAAUGACGGGUAACACUAACUUUAAAAAGAAAUUAGCUAGCUUUGUAUCGAAAUCUGUCUGGGGAAAUCCAGCUAUGAAAGUCAAACAUGUCAAAGUUGCAACUGAAAUUAGGGCCUGUUUACAUGGAGUGGUGGAUCCCGGUCUAGUGGGAUUGGUUUCUUUUGUUUUCACGCUCUGGGGAACACAAAACAAAAGAAACCUACCCCACUAGACCGGGGUCCCCCACUCCAUGUAAACAGGGUCUUAAACCUUCGCUCGCUCGAUUUUCCUUCAGCCGAUUCUAGCCGCGAGGAAAACAGUGAUUAAUUCAUCCAGGGCAAAUUUGUCGCUUGAUCUUUUGUCUUUUUUCCCUCAAAAUGACAGCUUGGUAUUUUCUUCAACUUCCACUUUUCAUCUGUGCAUUUUAUCGGUGUAUUUUACAGUCAGGAGAGAAGAAUUUGCCUGAAUUUUACCGCGCUAGCUCAGUUUCUUGGCGUGAACCCACGGGCAAAUGGUAGUGGCUAUUAAACUGAUCAAUCAGCGAGCGAUUUACUUUUGUUAUGUUAUAAAAAACUAUAUGGAUAUGAAAGAGUUAUCGUUUCUUCUACCGACAGGCUCGGGGAUCGUAACAUUUCGAGAUUAUAAACUCUCUUCUCGAGGAAAUAAAGUAUUAUCGUUUGUUUCACGAUUCAAAACAAUCUUCUCACUAAGGGUGGAUUUUCACUGUCUCGUAACACGUGCGUACGCACGUAUAUUUUACGCGGGUAAAUAGAAUAGAAGCAAUGUAUGAAGUACCACGUACGUGUAAACGUAAAAGUUGAGCGAGUUUCAACAACUUUAAGGUUUACGCACGAUCUUUCAUACCUU